GUGCAGUGGAUUUAGCGGUAUUUGGAAGCGUCUGCUGUUUGGGCCAUCGGGAAGGAUUCACACGGAAAAUACAUGCAAAUGCAAUAUUGCUAUGCGACCCAGCUUAGGCUUUGCACUAUGGAAAACUGCAUCCCUCACAUUACUAAUAUGCAAGCUACAACAAUCUGGCGGGAAUCAUUUUUUGUGGUUGACCGAAAUCUUCUCGAACCCUAGCCCUCGAUUUGUAAACGGCUGGUCAUGGAUAUGGGAUAAAUUGCUAUUCAUGGACAUAAUCUUCAAAGAUUUAGAGUUCCAUCCUAUUUCUGAGGGGUUCGACAUGAUCUGCUAUAGCGCUUAUUCGCAGCUUUAA